AGGAGUGUCUUUCCAGCAGCGCCGGAUCUGACUACAUAGUUAGAUUGCGUGCAGUUCGGACAGAACAAAAUUAAGGGUAAAUGGUUAGCUACGUUACCUGUUGAAGCGUUAGCAUGCGGUAGAAUAUCAGCCACCAUACUUGUUUGGAGAUAAAUACGAAGUUUACGUUUUAACUUUAAAGUCCCACGUAUUGAAGACUAAUUAGGAACCACAGACCAGGGCAGUUAUGGUAAAGAGCAAACAAUAUGAACGUGACACAGAAUGUGAUGAAAGGAAGAAGAGGAAAACCAGGUGUUCAGAGUCGAUGGAGGCCUGCCCACAGGAAGAAAACCGGUGUAAAAAAUUAAAGAAACACUCCAAACCCGAGGAGACACCAGAAUCUGUAUCUCUGGCGAAAUCCCAAAAGAAACCACCUGAGUCUGAGCCCAUAAAGGUGAAGAACAAGAAGAAAUCAAAAAAGCAUCUUAUUGAGGAGCACCAGGUCACAGAAGACACAGAGGUGACACAAGUAGAAAAGAAGCGGAAGAAGAAAAAGAAAAUCUCUAACAAAGAGGAAUCAGAGCAGAAUGUUUCUGCCUGUACAGAACAGGAGCAAGAAGAGCAGGAUGAGGGGGACUUAAGUCCGGAGGAGAGGCGAGUCCUGGAGAGAAAGAUGAAGAAGAUGCGGAGGAAGGAGGAAAAGAGGAAACCGAAAGAGCAGGGGCAGAGUGAGGAGAAGGCCGAGGCCUCCAAACCUUCAGCGGCCCAGCUGGCUCUGGACUACCUCACCUGCUGGUCAGAGACACGCAAAGACUGGAAGUUCCAGAAGACGAGGCAGACCUGGCUUCUCCAGCACAUGUUUGACAUGGAGAAGGUCCCUGAGAAGAGCUUUCCUGUGCUGCUGACCUACCUAGAGGGGCUGCGCGGGGUGGCACGGGACACCACGGUGCAGAAGGCUGAGGCUCUGGUUCGGGAGCAGGAGGGCAAGGGGGAGGAGGACGAGGAAGCCCAGCAGAGAGUGCAGAGAGCCAGGGAGGUCAUCCAGCUGCUGUCCUGAACCAGCAUCUUUUAUACCGCAAUGGACCCAUUCAGACUGGAGCUGGUAUCACAGUUAAGAUUGUCUAAUGUAUGAUGUUUUAAAUGUGACCAACAAAAUAAGGUGACGUUGUUUUUAUCCAGUAGCAACAUUAUUCA